UAACAACAAUAACAGCAGUAACAACAGUAACAACAGUGACAGUGACAGUGACAGUGACAGUAGCAGUUGCAGUAGCAGUAAUAAAAGUAGUCGUAUAAGUGAAUCAAACAGUAGCGCUAUGAUUGUACCCGUAGCGAAAGAACAAGAAAAGCACGUCCCUACGGCUACUAGUAACACAGCAGCAACUGUGACGACAUCUUCAACGACUAGUACGACUAAUACGACACCAGCAACCGUUACAACAAUGACAGAUGAUAGCGUCGCCACCACCACCACCACUGCCAAUGGUACUACUGCUAUUGCUGCUGAUAUCACCACAAAUAAUUAUAAUCAUAGCAAUGACAAGGAGAAUACUCCAGCAGCAGAUUCUGUGGCAACAGCAAAGUUUCUAAAUUCGAUAAAAAAUGAAUUUUGGAAUUGUCAAGAUGUGUAUGAUUCAUUUGUGGAUAUCAUGCGGGCCGCUCGCACACAAAAUAUACCACUUUCCGAAACUGUGAGCCGUGUCCAAAAGGUUUUACAUGGAAAACAUCAGCUUAUCGAGGCAUUCAAUCGCUUGUUGCCUGCGGAUCAGCACAUCAUUGAUGUAUCGGGUGAAGAUGCUCAACAGCGAGGGCAAUCAUCAAGCCCAUCAGGAACCCCCGGACCCGCACCUAUUAUAUCAGCUUUUCACUUUAUAAGCUUGGUUAAGACUCGUUAUGCUGAGAAAUCCGAAGUGUACCAAAAAUUCACACAGUUAUUGGAAUCGUAUAGCUGUAAAAAAAUCAGUCUUGGAAUGAUACAUGAUGAAGUACGCAGCCUUUUUGCCAACGAUUCACAGUUACUGGCGGAAUUCAAUAAGUUCAUGCCGCUUCCGGCUCAGUCCGUCGCACUAGGACGACGGCUAUCUAACGACAGAGAGUCUGUCGCAAGUCAGCAUUCAAAAAAACACAAAGUAUAUCGAGGUGAUAAAAAGAUACCAGUAGGAUGGGAACACAGUCCGCUGUUUGCUCGUAUCAAAAAGUUACUGGGAAACGACACUACCUAUAGCGACUUUGUAAAGCUCGUUGGUUUAUUUAACCAAGGCGCUUUGGAUCUUGGAACGACUGUUCGUGUAUCCUCUGAAUAUCUUAAAAGCGAUGUCGAGUUGCUAAAAGAAUUCAAGGCACUCGUAGGCUAUAUGGAACUUUCGGAAAUCUCGGAACUUAAAUCAAUGCAUGAUGCAGGACAUGGGAGCACGAAUGACAAAACAAGCGUAUCUGAUGAACACCCAUUAAGCUCAGUGCGUGGAUCUGUUGAACCGAUACAUCGGGAACCACGUAUGCGCCAAUCCAGCGUCAAUACGCAAAAGAGCGAUCGAUCAAAAUCAGCAUCAGUAUCAGCCUCUUCAACACGAAGGAUUACAUUGUAUGACCUCGCCACCCGCCGUGGAUCUGGAAAGAGUACAGGUGUACUCUUCGACGAUGAUAUACAAUGUUCGAGUAGCCUUAGUGGAAACAACGUAUACUCUGAAUAUGGGCCUGGUCCAAGUUAUCGAAGAAUUCCUAGAUCCUCACAAAAAUCAAAAUGCUCAGGCAGAGACUCUCUUUGCAGCGACGCACUUAACGACGAAUACGCUUCACAUCCGAUAUGGGCAAGCGAGGAAAACGGGUUCAUCACUUCCAAGAAGAAUAUAUACGAAGAAGCAUUACAUCGUGCAGAGGAUGAGCGCUAUUUUGAGGACCGAUGUAUCGAUUCUGGUGUAAGCACGAUCGGUCUGUUGCAACUGAUACAAGAUACCUUGAAUUCGCUUUCUGCCUCGCAGCUUUCUAGCUAUCGUCCGCCCAAGUAUUUGGGCGGUGGAACAGAAAUGGUUUACAAGCCUGCUUUGACCAAGAUAUACGACAAGAAACAAGUGAAUGAAAUCAUUCAUAUGCUUCAUAACAGUCCAGCGCAAACAGUUCCGACUGUGUUGAAGAAAUUGACGUCAAAAGUCGAAGAAUGGAAACAGAAAAAGAUUCAGGCAGAUAAAAAUCGAAAAACGAGCGAGAUCGAAAACUUUUAUAAAGCGCUGGACAAUCGUUCCAACACGUUCAAACAAGUUGAUAAGAAGGGUCUAUCAAUCAAGUCAUUGGUAUCCGAAAUCGAAGCCUUGAGCUUUGAACAGCAUGAUAACGACACUAAGCACAACAGAAACAGCCAAGCGCAAUUGUGUUACGACUUUAAAGAUCUGGAUAUUAUCAAUGAUGUCAUUCGGCUUAUCGAAGUCUUUAACAAAAACCGUGUAAUAUACAGCCCUGCAGUGACCGAAACAAAGGAGCAAUUUUUCUCGACGUUCUUCCUCCCGAUUAUGAAAGUCGAGGGAUUUGAACCGUUGCUUAGUGAAGAUCCAAACCUCCUGCCUUGUACUGGUGAUGGUGUUUUUGUCAAUGACAACCUGUAUUGCUUUUUCCGGAUAUUCCAGAUCAUCUAUUACCGACUCGAGAUGGCUAAAACCAUAUCUCAGCAAUACAGUGUGCACCCCAAAAAGACAAAGCAUAAAAACUGCGCACAAAUUGACAUUACUAUCAACAAAGUGCGAUAUCACGGAGUCGAACUAGACUUUCGAAAUGGUUGUUAUGCUAUGAUGUUGACCCUGAUUGAACGGCUAUUGAAAGGCGAAAUAGAUCAAGGCACCUAUGAAGCUUGUGCACGGUACAUGUUUGGUCUCAAAGCCUACAUGUUAUUCACCUUAGACAAGGUCCUCUCGUCUCUUUCCCAUCAACUGUAUAUGGUUGUUACCGAACCGGAUUGUCGCAGUUACUUUGACUUGUACGUGCAAGAAGACACCCGAGUUCCUGAAGAAAAUCUGUCAUCAUUACAGCUUUACAGAUUGAAAGCUGAGUCCUUACGGAAGGGCAAUGAAAGUCAAUACAUGAUCGUAUCCACGCUCGGUGCUGCUGGCGGUACUACGCUUUCGAUAUCAUUACUUGUAACAGAGGAAGACGACAAAGAAUAUGAAGAUUAUAAGGCUUAUGUCGCAGAAUUUACGGAUUGGGAGAAGGAUGGUCCGAGUGUGGAUAGAACAAAGAUGAAUAUGCCGUUUUUGCUACGCAAUGCAAGGAGAGUCGGUCACACGCGACGGAAUAUGGAUUGCAUUCUUGAAUCUGGGCAUGAGUACAAGAUCUGUCAAAAUACCUACAAAAUAUUUCAUGUCAUUGGAAAAGAAGAUUAUCUACGAGUCCAUCGAUAGCCCAUCAUUCCUUAGUCUUUAUCAACCCCAAUCACUCCUGCUCCUUAUCCUUUCUUUAGUAAAAAUAUACACCUAUUAUGACCUACCACAUCUAUACUCGAACUACUCUGUUCAACUUGUCACUCUAGUCCCAAUACACAUCGUAUGUUUCCAUACAAAAAGAAUCGAUGCCAGUUUGUGGUUUUGUAUAAACAGUUGAACUGCUCUUUUCCUACAAUACUACAGAGCUUUUUCAAUAUCGCUCAAACAAAUGCUCAUAAAAGGCAACGUGACUAGCAAAUACCAGAGUGUAUAGAGGAAGCAAGACAGGUUGGCAGCUGU